GAUCUCGCCUCAUGUGACCCCCGUCGCGUAACGGUCAAGCGCCGUGGAUGCGGAACUAAGCUCGAGGCUGUAGGUAUUAUAAUUAUGAUAAUUGAGGUAAGAUAAUGAUCGAGUAAUCGAUUACAAUUAGAGGAGCUAUAGUGCCCCCCGCGGCGGUGCCAUCGAUAUCGCGUCCCUUACAUAACUCGGUGAGACCUUUGGCCUGCUGAGGCGCCAUGGUCGUUUUAAUAUGCGAUCAGGAUGUUCAUCAAGGUGUAAGUCCUUAAAGGUCAUCUAUUUUCAUGGCAGAAUUAGAGCGAAUUUGAACUAAAAUAUGGAAAAUUAAGCACACAGAAUUGGAUUACAGAGUUGUUUGUGAUUACUUAAUUGAUGAUCAUAUUUUUUAUCGCGAAUGACGCGUUUACUAAUUGCCUCACGUAUUUUUUACACCUUUGCAUGCACCUCCGUAAACAAUAACAACGGACACAUCCUUUUGCGUAGAAACAUCCUCAAUGUCAAAUACCAUAGUGUGCGAUUACCUUACGUUACUACAUAAAUGUUAUUAUUAUCUGAUGCAUGCCGAUGGAGCCUCAUUCGUAUGCCUGCGCGAUUCUCAGAGAUUCCGCCUCGGUACCGAGUAAGUAUUACGUAUUUGCGUUUCGACACGUUCCGUCUUUUUUUACUUAUUUUUUAUAUCAGUUUCCCACGGGUGCUAUCGUGGCAACCGCAGCAUAGUAAUUGUGCUAUUCAAUGGAUAUAAAUAAAAUGGAUCUUGUCCACCUUCUGACUCGAGAUGUGAAUGGAGAUUUAGUAUGCGGGAAAACAAGACAUCCUGCUUAGCGUCGACCCUUAUACGGAUCCGCGUGUUAAUUACAUUAACACAGCUUCAUCGGUACAUAUUUUUAUCAUUGUUACGUAAUGAGAAGUUAAAGUUCAUGGCCAAGUUCACUAGCAGCAGAGGCGUUGGACAAACAUGGCGUGUCUAGAUUCCUAACUCGGAGGCUGCAUCCGGGCCGUGAUCCGCAGGGAUCGGGUUACCGCGGGGGCGUGCGAAUGUCAAGGAACCCCGGCGCGGGCGCCGAGCCGUCAGUCGCAGACCCGCCGUCGACAUGUCUGCCCGCGCGCGAGCCUCGCGAGCCAUCUGCCGGCUCACCGCGAUCUUUGCGGUCGCGGUCGCCGCGAAAUGCGAUAUCAGUGGAGAUAUUUCGUGCAACAGAGAUGGGCUUUACGCAGACUAUGACACGGAUUGUCGGGAGUACGUGAGGUGCUCCGGCGGCUCAGCGACCGGCCGCUACACGUGUGGUCCUGGGCGUGCUUUCAGCGAGGUGGCCGGCGCAUGUGUGUCCCGAAGGCAGCAACCCUGUGUGCGUCGCGGCUGCGCCCCAGGAGAUACCCUCGCGUACGCUACACCCGACACUGCCUGCCGGCAUUACUACCGCUGCGAGAACGGAACCGCCGUAGAACACGCCUGCCCUUCGGGCGCGUGGUUUGACUUGGGGCGUCAGGCUUGCACUCGCGGUGCUGGAACAUGCUACGAGCCGUUAUGCGCAGGCUUACCCGACGGUGAUUAUCCGGACUCGUCACAUGAUUGUAGCCGCACAUUGCGCUGCCGCGGGGCUGAACUACGAGCGGUCCUUUCAUGCGGGGGACCGUGCGACCCUACGGCCACUUGUCCGCCUCCGCGCUCAGCCGCAAUACCUCUGCCAGCCGGUGAUGCAGACUUCUGCUCGGACGAGACAUGCUCCUCUCUCUGUCAGCACGCAGAAGACGGUGCGUAUGCAGACCGCUCGACUGGCUGCCGAGAAUACUUUGUGUGCGAGGAGCGGCGCGUUAUUCGCCGCGGAGUGUGCGAACCUGGACUGCUAUUCGCCGGUGGCCAUGGCACUUCUGGAGGAUGUUUACCAGCAGAUCAAACAGAGUGUCGUCCUCCCGCUCGCAGCCCAUGCUAUAAUCGCCCCGACGGUCGUCAUCGAGACUGGCGCGACUGUUCAUCUUGGUACGAGUGCCGGCGAGAGCGCGUGGUUUCACGCGGCUCGUGCGGCGGUGGACUCGUCUUCGAUGGGACGAACUGCGUGCCACCGGACACCUUUACGUGCGAAGGUCCCACGCCGGCGGGCGAGUGCGAGCUGCGCCCAAGCGGCACAUACCAGGAUUUAGAAUCCAAUUGCACUCGUUAUUUCCACUGCGAGGGACAGCUCCGUACGAUGAUGUCCUGCGCGCCGGGCCUGGUGUUCGACGGCGCGCGCUGCCGCGGCGGCUCGGCCUGGCGCGACUGUCCGAGCCUGGCCACGGACGGGUGCUACGGGCGCGCGGACGGCCGCUACCGCGCACGCGGCGCGGGUUGCCGCGGGUACUACGCGUGCACGGGGGGCGAGAAGGCCGCGUACGCGUGCCCCGCGGGCAGCGCGUUCGAUGGCGAUGCGUGCGUGCCGGCGCCGCGCGCGCGCUGCAGCGACGAUGACUUCUCCUGCAGCGGCCUGGCUGAUGGAUACCAUGCCGACCUCGAAACUAAUUGCAACAGCUACUUCUACUGCGAAGGCGGCGACCGCCUCGCAACACUCACCUGCCUCGGCGGCAAGAUCUUCGACGGCCGAGCCUGCGUUGACCCCAUCCACCACGACUGCGGCGCGCCUCGCCGAGCCACCCUCGAGAAUGGAGGCAGCCGCUGCGAAAAAGAUGGCUUCUUCGUGCAACCAGGAACGGAGUGCAAGAGCUACUACUUCUGUGUGACGGGGGAAAGGACGUACUUAACCUGUCCUUCGCAGCAAGUGUUUAACGGGCAAGUGUGCGUGCCAAGCUCUCAGUACUCCUGCCCUGGAUGAGCGGGCAGCUUCCAACCGGUGGUCCGAACCGAAAGAUCUUAACCAAGACCACGAUUACUAGGAUGUUGUUGUAGAAUUGUAGAGCCAAAAUCAUCUUAACGAUAGGAUA